UGACGACCAAACAUCACGAAGGCUUCACAUUAUGGCCAUCGAAGGUGUCCUAUAACUGGAAUGCUAUGGAUGUCGGACCCAAUCGGGAUUUAGUCGGUGAUUUAUCGACUGCUGUAAAGGACGCCGGUCUUCAUUUCGGUGUUUAUCACUCACUCUAUGAAUGGUUUAAUCCUUAUUUCUUAAAGGACCAAGCUAACAAUUUUACCACUAAUGAAUUUACUAAAAUAAAAACUCGUCCAGAAUUAGAGGAAUUGGUCAAUACAUACAAACCGGAUCUGAUUUGGUCUGAUGGUAGUGGUGGUGCUCACCCCGAGUACUGGGAAGCUCAAAAAUUUUUUGCCUGGCUAUACAACGAUAGUCCCGUAAAGGAUACCAUUGUUGUCAACGACAGAUGGGGGUCGGGAACUGGUGGAAAGCAUGGUGAUUUCUUUAACUAUCAAGAUAAGUAUAAUCCGGGAGUACUACAGAAACACAAGUGGGAGAACGCCAUGACUAUAGACAAGCAUUCGUGGGGUUAUAGACGUAAUGCCAACUCAACUGACUAUUUGUCUACACAUGAUUUGCUCCAAACAUUGGCUCAGACUAUCAGUUGCGGUGGAAAUAUCCUGAUAAACGUCGGGCCGACACACGACGGCGUUAUUAAACCGGUAUUUGAGGACAGAUUACGUGAUUUGGGGCACUGGCUGUCCGUGAAUGGAGAGGCCAUCUAUGAAAGCAAACCCUGGAAACACCAAAACGAUACGACAACUAAACAAAAAGACAAAACUGUUUACUCAAUAGUGUUGUAUUGGCCUAAAGGUAAUGAACUGACUCUGGGAUCACUCGAUCACUCGACUGUCGGUGCAGUCGAGCUAUUGGGAGAAAAGGGUGAAUUGAAAUUCACUGCCGGCUCCGGUACCUCAACAGUCAUUACAUUCCCACACAUUACUCCUGAUAGCGUUGCCAAAUGGGCCUGGGUGCUCAAAAUAACAACAAAAUAG